AUGACCACCAUCCUGUCAGGGAAGGAGAGAGAAGUGCAGCUGUUCCAGGAACAGAUCCGAGUGCUGGUACAGCAGAGAGAAGCGCAUCUCAGUACUUUCGAUCAGGUUAUUAAGGCCAUAGCAGAGAAAAACCAGACCACGGAAUCCCAGCAAGAACAGAUCCAGGAGCUGGAGAAGCAGCAAGAAAAGCAAAGGAUUGCUGCCAGUAAAAUGAGCCAGGAGCUGGAAGAAAGGGAGCGGGAGAUCAGAUCCCAGCAAGGACUGAUAGCAGAGCUGGAGAAGCAGCAAGAGUUGCAGAGGACUGCUCUCAGCAAGAUGAGCAAAGAGCUGGAGGAGAGGGACCGGGAGAUCAGAUCCCAGCAAGAACAGAUAAGGGAUCUGGAGCACGUGAAAGAAAGCGGAAGUGUGAGGGAAAAAAAGGUAGAGCUUGUGUCUCUGACUCGGCGGAUCCAAGAACUGGAAGUGUUCCUUCGAGAGCAGAAGGAGUUAGAAGGUAAGCGGGCCAAGAGUCUAGAGCAGGAUCUAGACAAAAUGAGCCAACUGUUGAAAGAGAACCAUUUGGAGUUCCUCAAGCAGACAGAGCAAAUGAACAUGCUCCAGGUUCGUGAGGAAAGCCUGAAUGUAGCACUAACAUCGUGCCAGAAGCAAGUGAAGGUGCUUGAGGAAAUGGUGAAGAAGAGAGAGGAAGACUAUGUGACUCUCAUGCAAAAACUCCAGUGCCAAGAACAAGAACUGAAGACCUUGGAGAAUGUCCAGCUUAGGCUGAGGGAUAAGACUGAUGAGGUUAGACAGCACCGAGAGCAAGAGAAGCUCCUGGAAGAAGCCUUGCGUGAUGAGAGGGAACAAAAGACCAAGGCUCAAGGUGAGCAACAAGAGUUAGAAGAGGAAAUAAGAGGUCUUCGGGAAGCUCUCCAGCAUGUUCUGCAGACUCUGACAAAGAAAGAUGAAGAGAUCAAGUACCAGAGGGACAGAAUCAG